AUUGUAAGCAGUGAAGAGAGGCAAACAGAAAAGUGCAGAGGAGAGCAACAGGCAGUCAUCUCUGGAGAGAGCGUGAAAGCAGUGCUCAGUCCACUGACAACAACUCAACAUUUGGAUUAAGUCACUGGGAAUUCUUGAAUAGGAGUUUUCCAUGCAAGCCUUGUCAAGAUGUUGCCAGUUGUUUUCAUCACAUGGUGGGUUGGGGUCAUUCUUGGAAUUGUAGGCGGUCAGUCCCAGUCUCAGCAACAAACCCAGACUGAGGACUCAAACCCCUGGAGACAGAUGAUCCAAUGGGAGAAUAAUGGCCGUGUAUACAGUCUUCUUAACAGUGGGACUGAAUACCUCCCUGCUCGGGCUCAGGAACGAGACAGGAACCACAGAGUGUUUCUAGCUGAUGCUCCCAACCGUAGAUCACAGGGCGGGAAUGUACGCAGGCAAGCACCUUCUAGAGGAAGCUCCGAAACUGUCAGAGGCCAAGCCAGACAUCCUUUUGGAUUCGGUCAGGUGCCGGACAACUGGCGUCAAGGUACUGCAGGGACAGGUGAAACAAGUCGCUUCCAGUCAAUUCCCAGCUCUCGUUUUAGACCAUCCUCUGGCUCAUCCUCCUCAUCAUCAUCCUCUUCUUCAUCCUUCAACAUCCAGUCUUAUCCACAGUACCCACUACCUCAACAGCCUUCUUAUGGUUCUCCCCAUGACUCCGGUUUGGACAGGUCAUAUGAACCUCCCUUCCGUGGAAUGGGGUAUUCCACAGGCACUGGUGGUGGCUUCAAUGGAGGAGGGUAUGGGAGGGGUGGUUACUCUACUGGCAGUAUUGGAGGAGGAAGCUCUAAUGGAGGGGGUCCAGCACCUGAUGAGAGGUAUCGCUACUAUCCCCCUUAUGCUCAGCAAUACCCAGCCAGUCCAGCCCAACCUGCACAGCCACCAUUCACAGAUGGACUGGACCACAGAUACACACACAAUCUGUACAGCGAGGACUCUCGAGAUGCUGGUGAUGCUGCAGUACCUGUCUCUAAUGGUGCAUCGACCAACUUGGGGUUAGCAGCAUACCAGCCUGCAGUGCAAAGCCCCCAGUAUGAGCAGUUUCCACCCUUUGGAAGACCCCAGCCACAGCCUCCAUUCAUGCAACCACCUCCGCGAAACCCCCUUGUCUCCAACAAUGCAGAGAGCCCCAGCAUCAACGUAGGGAGUGUUUAUCGUCCGCAGCAAAGAGGUUUGCCUGACCUGGUUCCUGACCCAAACUAUGUCCAAGCUUCUACAUACAUUCAAAGAGCCCACAUGUACUCCUUGCGCUGUGCAGCAGAGGAGAAAUGUUUGGCCAGCUCGGCCUACAGCGAUGACACCACAGGCAAUAAUGUCAGGGUUCUUCUGCGGUUCCCUCAGAGAGUGAAGAACCAAGGGACGGCUGAUUUCAUGCCCAACCGACCUCGACACACCUGGGAGUGGCACAGCUGUCACCAACAUUACCACAGUAUGGAUGAGUUCAGUCACUAUGACCUGUUAGAGGUGAGCACUGGCCGGAAGGUGGCAGAGGGACACAAGGCAAGCUUCUGUCUGGAGGACACUACCUGUGACUUUGGUCACCUGAAACGUUACGCUUGCACUUCACAUACCCAGGGUCUCAGCCCAGGUUGUUUUGACACAUACAAUGCAGAUAUUGAUUGCCAAUGGAUUGACAUCACUGAUGUUCAGCCGGGAAACUAUAUACUGAAGCUCCAGGUUAACCCCAAGUACUUGGUGCUGGAAUCGGACUUCACCAACAAUGUAGUCAGGUGCAAUAUCCACUACACAGGGCGCUUUGUCAAAACCACAAACUGCAAAAUCUCCCAGUCAUGAUUUGCCAGGUCUUGGCAGCUCAGUGUGGUCGAAUCUUCAGUGGAGCGCAUUUCCAUUGCAAUGUGAAUGGAAUUCCUGGUGUUGUUGUUGUGAAUGUUUAUUGUGUUUAUAUUUGUUCCUGUUUAUGUGCUGUUCUGGUCUAGUGAGCACAUUGUGAACCUGGGUUCAGCUUGUACAAAGAGGAAUGAGCAAUUGUACUGACACACACACACACACACACACACACACACACACAAACACAAACGCAUACGCACACACACAUAUGUUUUCAAUGCAGCCAACCCAUUAAUCCCCAUUUUUUCAUUAAAACACACAUGCACUCUCUCCACAAUUAAGCCUAAAUCAUUUAAGACCUCAUGAAAUCGGCAACAAGAUCACACAGGAAAUUGGUAUACUGCUUCUGAAUGUUCAUGUACCCUAAAAACUACCCUAUCUCCUGAAUUACUGAGAAGUGCCUUGCCCAUCAGACAUUUCUGCAUUAACUGAAACAUGUUAAACUUUCCCUAUGGCGCUACUGAUAGUGAUAGGCUUCUGAUAGGCUUCUGAUCCCAUGGAAGUAACAGCAUUCACAACGAGACACAGGUUCUGGUCUUGUGGAAAACAAGAAGUAAACCAGGGGUGGGGAACGUCAGGCCUCAGGGUCAUAUAAGGCCCACAAGACAACUUUACCCGGCCCAUGAGGCCAUUUGAGAAAUUAUUUGAAAAGCAAACAAAUGGCCUGUAACAAAACAAAAAUAAAUAAAAAAUACAAUUAAAAUAAUGAUUAUAAUGAAUUGCAUUAAAUGCUAAAUAAUGUAUAAUAGACAGACCUUUCAGUGUUUUUUCUUGGUGCAUCAGCACGUAGCGAGAAGCGUACAAUCAUUUUAACCCACAAUCAGAAAUUGCAAGCAAUUGUAUGGCCCACAAAUAAUUUCAGAAAAACUAGGGCAACAAAAUAUAUAUAUAUAUAUGAGAAUGAGGGCUAUCAUUUGAUACAUGACUUGUCUAUUCAUUUGAAUCAUUUCUACAACGUAACCUCUAGGUGGGGCCAAUUUGAGACACAAAUGUUUUCAGGCCAUAUUUUGUUAUUUUAUGUAACUAAAUGCAAAUGUUGUGGGGUUCUCAAUUAAGUGUUAAAACGCCUUGCCAUAUAGCAUCUCUCCACUCGCCUGCCGAUGAGCCAACAGGGGCACUUUGCAUAAAAAACCUUGUGUCCAAAAGCUGACAGCAGCACUGAGUUUAUCAUAGUGUACUUUUUGUAUCUUGGAGACUUAUAGUCUUUAACUUAACCUGCUGCAGUUUUAAUUUGGUUGUAAUGUUGCCUUUAUGUCAGUCCACUGACAAUCCAAGCUGAGUUAGAGAUGACCUAAAUUAAGAGCUGAUGAUUGAAGCUUGUAAACCUUUUUGUUUUGGAUGCGUUUUGUACUGUGGAAUGUGGAAUCUACAUUAUUAUUUCUUAAAGGAAUAGUUCACCCAAAAAUGAAAAUGCAGUAAUUUUCCAAUCACCAUCAUAUAGUUCCAAAGAUGUCGAUGAACUUAAAAACUUUUGGAAUUUGUGUCCUUUUGUUUUAUUUUUUCAGCUCACCGGUCUAUGGUUACUAUGAUCUGUAGUUGUAUGGAAUGGAGCUGUGUAAAGAUUUUUCAAAAUUCCCAUUUUGUGUUCCACAGACAAAAAUAAAUGACAUGACUGACAAAUUUGUUUAUUAUUAUUAUUAUUAUUAUUAUAUUUAUUAAUAUUUUGUGUGUGAACUAUUCCUUUAGACUGACAAUACUGGUCAGAUGCCACCGGCCACCAUUUCCUUUAUUAUACAGUUAACCCAAUGAUGCAUGCCAAUAGCUAGGUAAGAAAUGAAUUUAUUUGAUCUGUUUUUAUUCAUAGUCUGUUCAUAUGUACUGUGUGGGAGAAAAUAUUUGCUGUGUUACAUUCCAGGAAUUCAUAUUUCUUUUUAUCAGAAAUCCAGAUGUAUGUCUAUGUUUGAUAAACAGCCAAGCUGUGGCAUGGUACAACUUAGAUGAUACUACUGUUGCAAAGCUAACAUUGCAUAACUUGAUGUUGCUGACAAUCUUAAUACCAUCCAUACCUACCUCGGAAAGAGAAAUUAGCAUUUGCUGUAAAAAUAAAUAUUCCCUAGUACACUACAGUAGGGGCCUAUAUGACAAACUUACAACAUCUGCAAAUCCACAUUAUAUGCUAAUAAAUGUUAGAAAUGCUAGAGUCUAGAAUCAUCUGCUAUAAACUAUGACAAGUUAAACUAUAUAUGAAAACCAAGCUGCAGGUGUUCUAACAAGCGUUCUGUGGGGUAAUAUUAUUGUUGUCAUGAGAUAAUCAAUGUGAAUGGAAUGUGUAUUUUUUAUGUCUUUGCAUGAUGCUCUUCAAACAAAGCUAAAUUGAUUCCUUACUCUAGUGAGCAAUUCUGUAAUCCACUCCACCUGGUUUUUGAAGAUAAGAUAUAGUGGUUUCCAUUAACAAGAUCCAGAUUAAAUGCAGAACAGACUUUCUGUUUUAUUGUAUCCCUUUAUAUCGUGUAUAAAUAAUUAAUGUUAUUAUUGUUUGAAAAUAUAUAGACAGUAAAUCUGUGUUUGGAUAAUAUCUUGUUUUGUGGUUCAUGACAGGUGCACACAUCAGACCACACAACUCUUUGUUUUGUUGUUAUCAUUGUUGUUGUUGGUUGUUUUUUGUACUCCAGACUGAAUCAGAAUAAAUACUAAAGUGUAUAUCAACAUUUCUAGUAGAAGUGCUAUUUAAAUGUCAUUUAUUGUUAAAUAGUCCUUUUUGUUAAAAUAUACGCUAAAUAAAAAAGUGCCACAUUUACUAA